AUGAGGGAUCUCGGCAGGAAUGACCUUACUGGACCCAUACCACCAACAUUUUCCGAUAAUAUGAGCACUAUUGAUCCGUCGGAUAACCGUCUUAAUGUUCAACAAAUUAGAGAUAUAUUUGCAUCAUGGCGAUUUCCUCCAGAUGACUUCUUCGGACCAUAUGAGCUUCUCAACUUCACCCUAUUUGGACCUUAUGCCCGGACCUUAACGAUCAACACAAGUUCAAGGCCUCAAGGGGGUUAUGGAAAGGUUUACAUAGGCAUUUUACUUGACAAAACAAUGGUGGCUAUAAAGCGUGCUAAAGAGGGAUCCUUACAAGGUGAAAAGGAAUUUUUGAUGGAGAUCAAUUUGUUGUCGAGGUUACAUCAUCGAAAUCUAGUUUCCUUGGUUGGAUAUUGUGUUGAAGAAGGAGAGCAGGUUCAAAGUUCAGCAGAAGGUGUGGUUUACCUGUUACUGAGGGCUAAUAUUGGAAGGAGAUUUCCGAAGGAAAAUCUCAACUUUGGAACAAGGUUAAGCAUUGCUUUGGGUGCAGCAAAGGGCAUUCUUUACCUCCAUACUGAAGCGGACCCUCCAGUAUUUCACCGAGAUAUCAAGGCUAGCAAUAUUCUUUUACACUCUAAGCUUACUGCUAAAGUUGCUGACUUUGGACUCUCCCUUCUUGCCCCUGUCAUGGAUGAUGAAGGAUAUCUACCUAAUCAUGUAUCUUCAGUAGUGAAGGGAACUCCAGGAUACCAUGAUCUAGAAUAUUUUUUGACACACAAGUUGACAGACAAGAGUGAUGUCUAUAGCCUUGGAGUUGUAUUACUAGAGCUAUCGACAGGAAUGCAGCCAAUAUCACGCGGCAGAGACAUAUAUAGUUCGUGGGACAGCAGAAUGGGUUCCUAUCCAUCUGAAUGCAUCGAGAGAUUUGUAGCCUUGGCACUAAGGUGUUGCCAUACCAAGCAAGAGAAACGGCCAUCAAUGCUGGAAGUGGUUAGGAAACUAGAAAACAUACUCAGAAUCUUGCCAGAAACGGAUACUACUGAUAUAGAAUCUGCUUCCACAUAUUCCGAGAAGACCGCACCUGUAUUUUCUGGCAUGUUAGCAUCUUCAUCCUCAUUCUACGCAAGCAGGGAUGCAUCCAAGUCGUCCACUUUUUUGGGAAGCAAUCUUAGCAGUGGCGUCAUCCCCUCUUACCGCCUCGUUGAUAUCAAAACUAAAAAACUCUGUGUGCUUAUUAAUCUCCCCCACCCCACCCCCACAAAUUGUGCAGUUUAG